AUGGAAGAUCGGGUGGAGACGAUGCUCCGGGUGCCACAAGAUCCCGAUGCGGCGAACGCGCGGGGCGACCGGCCUCUUGCAGAGGCCUCCAUGGGUGGCCAUCUGGAGGUCGUGCGCUUGCUGCUGGAAGCGGGCGCUGACAAGGACUUGCCGAUCAGAAACGGCAACACAUCCCUGAUGCUGGCAUGUCAGUCCAACCAUUCGGACGUCGUGCGCGAGCUGCUACAGGUCGGCGCGAGCACGGACUACGCCACCAAGGAUGGCGCGACUGCUCUGAUGCUGGCAGCUGGCGGGGGCCAUGUUGAAAGCGUGCGCCUCCUACUCGCGGCCGGUGCGAACACGAACUUGGCGACGUGCCAAAGCGGCUUCACUGCUCUGAUGCUGUCAGCUCAACUGGGCCACGCGGAAGUUGUCGGCUUGCUCCUCGAAGCCGGGGCAGACAAGGACGUGCCGACCGUGGACGGGGUGACCGCUCUGAUGCUGACCUCGGAGAAGGGCCACGCAAGCGUCGUGCGAGUGCUCCUGGAAGCAACUUUGCUGCCGCGUAGGCAACCUUUAUAUAACUUCUCGAAGUAA